CAGCCAGGAGAAAUAGAUAUGAUUGUAGGAAAAGACCGAGAGGGUUUCUUCACCAAUGGUCUGACCCUUGGUGCAAAGAAGUGCUCUGUGAUCAGAGAUAGCCUGUAUGUCGAUGGUGACUGCACAAUGGACAUCAGGACAAAGAGUCAAGGUGGUGAGCCGACAUAUAAUGUUGCUGUAGGCAGAGCUGGACGAGUCUUGGUCUUUGUAAUGGGCAAAGAAGGGGUCCAUGGAGGCGGAUUGAAUAAGAAGGCAUACUCAAUGGCAAAAUACUUGAGAGACUCUGGGUUCUAGUUGUUAGGCAGACUGUUAAGUAUUAGGGGAAGAUUGCUAUUAAACUUUCCUGGCGGUGAGCUUUAAACCUUACAUUCUGGAAACUUUACUAGCAAUGCAGGGUGAUGGGGUAUGAACCUGUGUCUCCUUUGUAUCCCUUUGUUGGUGGGGAAAGGUGUUAUUUUUUUUUUCCCUUUAAUUCUUUUCAUUUCUGUUUUGUUUCCUUGUGUACUCCAGCAUUGGUUAUAGUCAUGGGAAAGGAAGGUGUCCAUGGAGGGACACUCAACAAGAAAGCAUACGAACUGGCUUUAUACCUGAGGAGGUCUGAUGUCUGAGCAGCCUCUCCCCAUGCAUGUAGCAGCUGUCUGCACCACCACCCGCUUGUGCUCAGUGCUACCAGACCCUAGAUGGUAGUUGGUGUUUUUUAUUUACCCAUUUCCUCCUGUCAUAACUGCAGUUCCCCCUUGUUCAUCUCUGUAAGCACUGUAAGUAACCCAGCCCACCUGGCCACCACCAUGAUGAGGAUAUGCAUGAGAACUUGGACCUGGGGAGGGGAACAUGCCAAGUGUAGGCUCUGCUUCUUCUUAGCAAUUAGCGUGAUAUUGACAACUAAACCAACUGAGAUACUAAACAAGGUGCCGAUUGUACAAUCUAAUUUGAUCAAUGCCUCUUCAGCACUUUGAGCAAGUCACAGCUCACUAGUCUUCCUUUCACAGAGCACGGUUGGGAGGAAAAAGUGCGUGCAUAUCUUCACUUCUGUCCCUCUCUUUGUUUCUGUUUUUUAAACCCAUGUGUUUGCUUACACCCAUUUUUAUAGUGCCUGGUU